UGGUUUUAUCGAACAAUUGUUGUUGAAAACAUUACAGCAAGAUAUUUCCAUAAGAAGUCAGGUGGUACGGUAUAAUUUGACAUUUCUCCCCAAAAAUGCUGAAAUUUUAUUUUAAUAAAGCUUCCAUGUUCGUGCGAAGCUUAACCCUAUUCAAAGGCUUUCUUCCUGCUGCGUGGUGGUGCUCUUUGACGACAAACUUCUCCCACAGAUGUAUGGCCGAGUUGGCAAAUCUGGUGACGCGGCUGGAGUUGGCCGUCGGGCGUCUGGAGGCAAUGUCUGGUCCCGGUGGCAGCAACGAAGGAUCUGCUGGUGGCGCUGUGUCUGCAUUCGUGGAGGCCUUUGAUGAGAUAAUAUCCGGUCCUGUGACUCAAUAUUACACCCUUAGCCAGCACAUUGGGGGUGAUGUCCUGAAACAUGCAGAAAUGAUGAAGCAGGCAUUCGCCAGUCAGAGACAAGUCCUUGUAAAAGCCUCCACUGCCCAGAAGCCCUCUGAUACUGUUUUAAACACCCUCCUGCAACCGAUGUCGCAAGUCAUCCAGCAGGUGCAAGCGUUCCGCGAGCAGAACCGCACGUCCACACAUUUCAAUCACCUCUCCGCCAUAAGCGAGAGCGUACCUGCCCUUGGAUGGGUCGCCGUGGCCCCAAAGCCAGGCCCAUAUGUUAAAGAGAUGCAGGACGCUGCCAUGUUCUACACCAACCGUGUGCUCAAGGAGUACAAGGAAAAGGACAAAACACAUGUGGACUGGGUGCGGUCCUAUUUGGUAAUCUGGGCCGAGCUGCAGAAUUACAUCAAGCAAUACCAUACAACUGGUCUGUCCUGGAGCAAGACUGGCCCAGUAGCUUCAGCUUCUGCAGCCUCCCCAAGCGCACCUGGCGGAUCCGCUCCUCCACCCCCUCCCGGUCCACCUCCGCCUCCUGUGAACCUGAGCGGCUCCUCUGAGCAUGGCGACAGCGAUGCCCUCAAUCGGAAUGCCUUGUUUGAGUCCAUUAACAAGGGGGCUGACAUCACUAAAGGCCUCAAGCAUGUUAAGGAUGAUGAUAAGACCCACAAGAAUCCCAGCCUCCGAGGUCAAAGCGCUCCUAUGCGCUCUGGACCAAAACCCUUUGCUUCCCCUUCCACCCGAGCAACUGCAUCUUCCACCCCGACACGCGCUGCUCCUCCUGUUUUGGAGCUGGAAGGCAAGAAGUGGAAAGUGGAGAACCAAGAAGGUGCACAGGACCUGGUGAUCAGUGACACUGAGCUCAAACAAGUGGUUUAUGCUUACAAGUGUAACAGCAGCACUCUGCAAAUCAAAGGCAAACUCAACUCCAUCACUCUUGAUAACUGUAAGAAAAUGGGCCUGGUGUUUGAUGAUGUCGUUGGCAUUGUUGACAUCAUAAACUGCAGGGAUGUCAAAGUCCAGGUUAUAGGUCGGGUUCCUACCAUCUCCAUCAACAAGACCGAUGGCUGCCAAGUGUUCCUGAGUAAAGACUCUCUGAACUGCGAGAUCAUCAGCGCCAAGAGCUCAGAGAUGAAUAUCCUGGUGCCCCGCAAGGAUUGCGAAUUUUCGGAGUUCCCGGUUCCUGAGCAGUUCAAGACGGUCUGGGACGGCGAGAAACUCGUUACCACAACAACCGAGAUUGCGGGAUAGAGAUGCGGCAUGCAAUGCGGCCCCCUUUUUCUCCACAUCUCACAUGCCCCUUCCUCCAUUUCGCCAAACCCACCUGACUGAUGACCCACACUCACCAGCUAACCCACACGCUGUAGAGUUGAGUUGAAUGUCAUGCAUUUUCUCACACCCCCUUUUCCUUGGCCAAUCAUAGCUUUAGCUGUUCUUUCCCACAGCCAAUGAGGACUGCUCAAUUUAAACUGAAGCAUUCCUCCAGCCAAUCAGCAGGGAGUACUUUGCCAAUAGCAUCUGUAUAUUAUUGAUCCAGAUAAUGUAUAUUAUUGAUCCAGAUAAUGUACUAAAUUAGCCAUCAUAGUUAAGUGGAUAUUGUCUCUGCAGCCACAAUUAUCUAGAUGCUUAAUGCGCUAGUUCUUAUGGCUCAGAGCCCCCUACCCAAGUUAUGGUGUCAGUUCUGUUAAUAUGCAAUUCAGUGAAGCACUUGUUAACAUCUUCUCCAUGGCCUUCACAUCGCACAUUGAAAUUAUUAACAGUUGUUGAGUAUAUUAAAAAUAAAACAUUCACAAGAUUAAGAGUAAAAUCGGAUUACAUAUGUGCUGAGAUCAAAUUUUUUUUUUUAUGUUUUCAUCUCAGUGAUCUGUGUUGGAUCAUUUCAAUACAACUAGAUCACAAUCACGAGUCCUCGUGUAAACAUUCCCAAGUAUUAGACAUUCCAUGGAAAGAAAAGUUGAGGUCAAGAGCAAAUGUGUAGUUGAACCUGACUGGUUGUUGUGGGCUCCUGCUGUUGAAAUGGAAAGGUGGCUCCUAAAAGUAAUGACCUGUGACCUCUAAAAUAUGUACACCUGUGUAGAUAUUUAGGCUUACAAUGGCUCAACCAACAACUUGACUUGGUCCAAGAACAUGUUAGCACUAUUUGGUUCAUCAGUGCUUUGAAGGUGUGGAUUUUCUUUUAUAUUGUCUUUCUUUGAUCUCAUUUGUGGGGAGGGAGUUGGGUCCACAAUCAGAUUUCUGCUCAUUAGUAAUGGAAACAUUAAAAUGUUGCAAUAAUG